AUGUCGCUCGAAACUCUCACAAAUGCGCUCCAACACAUCCGCCUCCCACGCUCCCAACAAGACCGACUGAACCUCGCCGUCGGCACCGCGGCUGUCCUAGGCAGCGCAAUUCUACUCCCCGCCGCGUAUCGCGACUACCGCCUCUUCAAGAGCUAUGGUCCCGGCGGGGUUCCAAAUAAUCUGCUUGGCUGGAUGACGGUGCGCACACUGUUCCAGCCGUUUGGGCGUGAAAUGCUUAGUACGGAGGUGUAUCUGCGUCGCAUUGAUGCGGCAGAGGGACAUGGGAGGGGUGACGACGGGUACUUGACUCUGUCGACUGAACAGCUGGAAUCGAGGAAGAACGAUGGCAGGCCUGAGGUUGGACCGCAUGUCGUGCCGCAGCGACAGUUGACACAGAUUCCCGAUGAAGAUGUCAUGGAGGUUCGUUUCCCCGUUUCGAGGGGAGUUUUCAUGCAGAAACUCGACUCCAGAUUCACCUCCUUUGGUUUGCGCAAUCACCACCUAGUCAAGUUUCAGCCAUCCAAUCUCGAGAGACACUCCGACGCGCUGUUCUUGGCCGAUCACCUCCCCAUCACCGAUUUAGCGACGACGAUGCAGGGUGAAAUCGCGCAUAUACACAGUGGAAGUGACUACUCGCUUCAUGUAGUCUUGGCCCCGGCGGAUUGCAAGAAAGUCAUUGACGCAGGCUGGGGUCAGCGCCAUGCCUUUUCUGGUACAUCCGCCAUGACCUUCCUCAGUCUGGGUACCCUAUCCGAUAUCCCUUCUGAAUAUCUCCUCAUCUAUGCGCCACGCAAUGACGCGGAGAUUGAGAUCGUGAUGGAGAUUAUUUCUGCCGCUGUCAAGUUCAUGACGGGGCGGGAGGAUGUUCGGUAA